AGAUGAAAAAAAAGAGUCGCUCUGGCCCCGCCCCUUCCUCUGCUCCGUCUCCGCUGCUCUUUCGCCGCAGGCGGGACUUGACACCGCCGAGCCACCGUCCGGAGAUGGUGUAGAGUAUCAGGGGGGGAGACGACGAGAGGGAGCGCGGCGACGGCCGAGACCGACGCAGGAGCGAGGCUACGGGACUUCCGACAACGAUGAACUGAAACCAGUAGAUGUUUGGCCAUUUCAAAAUCUGGAUCGGUUUCCCCUGAGAUUUGUGGAUAGUCUCCAGCUGUGCUCCUGCACGUUGAAGUUGCCAGUUCCAGUCCCUCAUUUCCAGUAACAGACAGGAUGCACAGGAGAGCCAUUCAGAAGAGCCGGGGGUCAAAGGUGAGAAGAGCAGAGGGCACCAUGGAGAGUGAGCCGGGGGCCCCUGCCUCUGCGGCGAGUGGCACUGGGACCGCCACUUCCUCCACCAGCAGCUCCUCUGCCACCACCACCACCACAGCUGCCAGCAGCAGUAGUACCUCUAACACCACCGCUACUACUUCUACCGCUUCCACUAGCAGCAAUACGAGUAAUAUCAGCAGCAGUAGUAGUAGCAACACUACUAGUACGACAACAGGAAGACAGACCGUGCCUCAGAUAUCGGUGUACAGUGGGAUACCUGACCGACAAACCGUGCAGGUGUUCCAGCAGGCACUGCACAGACAGCCCAACACGGCAGCACAGUACCUGCAGCAGAUGUACGCUGCUCAGCAGCAGCAUCUGAUGCUGCAAACCGCCGCCCUCCAGCAGCAGCACAACCUCAGCACCGCUCAGCUCCAGAGCCUGGCAGCUGUACAGCAAGCGAGUAUCGCAGCUGGACGGCAAAGCUCUUCACAGAAUGGCACUUCAUCUCAGCAGACAGGAUCUACUCAAGCUACGAUCAACCUGACCACCUCCCCUGCGGCAGCUCAGCUGAUCAGCCGGGCCCAGAGCAUUAGUUCCACCCCCACCAGUAUUACCCAGCAGGCUGUUCUGCUGGGCAGCCCGUCCAACACCACCCUCACAGCCAGCCAGGCCCAGAUGUACCUGCGCGCACAGAUGGCCCAGCAGAAUAACCUGGUGCAAGUGGCCCGGAGCCUCGGCCGGGCGGUUCCUCUGUCCCCUCAGCUCAUCUUCACUCCCACAGCCACAGUGACGGCCGUGCAGUCAGAGAGCUCCACGCAGGCCUCCUCUCAGAAUCAGGUCCAGAACCUCGCCAUCCGCGGCCAGCAGGGGGCGACCUCGUCCUCCUCUCAGACGCAGACCCUGCAGGCUCUCAGUCUGAAGCAGAGCCCUGUGCCCAUCCAGCCCACCUCGCUGGUCAAGAAUCCCAGCCAGGGUACGCAGGUCGCCUCCGCGGGGAAGACCAGCUCCUCCUCCGACGGCUCCUCCGAUGGAGGGAAGAAGGGUGACGGUGCAGCGGUCACAGAAGUCCGGGCAAUAAACAUGAGCCGCCACGUUACGACCCUCAGUGCUCAGCCUCUCAUUGCUCCAGCUUACACCCAGAUCCAGCCACAAUCCCUGGUGCAGCAGCACAAGCAGCAUCAACAGCAGUUCAUGGUCCAUCAGGGCCAAGGUUCCCACCAGAAGACGACGGGCCACCUGCUGCAGACUGCCUCCAUCCAGCCAUCACAGCACCCGGUCCCUGUGCUGCCCAAACCUGCUCCACACCACCAGGCCUCCACGCCCAGCCAGCAGGCCACCAUCUUCCACUCUACCAUCAGCCCCCAUCACGCCCUCCACUCCUCCCUCAGCCACGCCAAAGCUCAGCCCGUCCAGCUCACAGCCAUCAACCUUCAAAUACAGCCAACAGCCUCCCGCUUGGUUCAGGACAGUAAAGAUAAGCCAACCUCAUUGGUGGUGAGAGAGAUGUGUCCGACCCCAUCCGCACAGCAACAACAGCAGCAACAGCAACAACAGCAGCAGCGGCAACAACAACAACAACAGCAGCAGCAGCAGCAGCAGCAGCAGCAGCAGCAGCAGCAGCAGCAACAACAGCAGCAACAACAGCAGCAGCAGCAGCAGCAACAGCAGCAGCAGCAGCAGCAACAACAGCAGCAACAGCAGCAGCAGCAGCAGCAGCAGCAACAACGGCAGCAGCAACCUGCACCUUUGCCUUCACAUCCUGCCAAGCCCGUGGAGCAGCCCAAGGUCGACACAGUUCCACCAGCUGUUCAGCCACAAGUUGGGGGGUCGAGCAAGAAGCCGGCCGCCGCACCUGGGACUCCACCUCCUGCCAUGACCUCGGGACACGAGAGCGAGGCGCCCAGUGUGACGGGCAGCGCGCCGCAAAACGGGGAGAACAAACUGCCCCAGGCCAUCGUCAAGCCCCAGGUCCUCACGCACGUCAUCGAAGGCUUCGUCAUCCAGGAGGGAGCCGAGCCGUUCCCGGUCUGUGUGGAGCGUCUGCCCAUUAUCAUCGACAGCCCAAAGAAGCUGGAUCAUCAGCUCUCCUCAGACCCGGACAAAACUCCGCUCAGCAACGCAGCAAACACCGACUCAGAGCCGGAGGACCUGAACCCGCCAGAAAAAGAACAAGAGCCCAAGCUGACGUGUGAAUACUGUGGCUGGGUCGACUUUGCCUUCACCUUCAAGGCCUCGAAAAGAUUCUGUUCCAUGGUUUGUGCAAAGAGGUACAAUGUGGGUUGUACCAGACGGAUGGGCCUUUUCCGUCCAGAGAGGAGUAAACCGACCAAACGCUGGCGAAGAAGAUCUCAGGGGCGUUCCAGUAUAGAGGCUAAGAAGCAGAAGCUGUCCCCGUCACCUCAACAGACUCCCGGCGGUUCCGUGUCCUCACCACAUCCCUCACAGCCCAGUCAGGAGGAGUCCAGCCCGUGUUCGGACAUGUCCAGCUACGAGGAGCCUCCGUCUCCCCUGUCCGCCGCCAGCUCGGGACCCCUGGAUCCCACCCCGGCCCCCGCUCAGGUCCCCGUCCGCCGGCAGCCGAGCAGGGCCUCGGACCAGGAGGGCUGCGCCGUGAGAGACGCACCUUCACUCUGCCAGCGGUUCAUACCCAACGACCCCACCAAGUGGAACGUGGAGGAGGUUUACGAGUUCAUCUGUUCACUGCCAGGUUGUCAGGAGAUAGCGGAUGAGUUUCGGUCUCAGGAGAUUGACGGACAGGCCCUGUUGCUGUUGAAGGAAGACCACCUCAUGAGCACCAUGAACAUUAAACUGGGGCCUGCGCUCAAGAUCUUUGCACGCAUCAACAUGCUCAAAGACUCAUAGCAGUAAAGUGUUUGUGUGUGAGUGUGAGAAGAACAGUGUUUAAAACCUUGGUGCAGGACGGAGGAUGCGUCACUGUAGUACUGACGGCACUACGAACUUUGCCUUCUCCCCACCACCGGGCUGGUUCCUGUGAUAUAGGAUCUCACUUCUGACUUGACUCGACCCCACAAACGGUUCAUAUUCAACAACCAUGCGACUGUUGAACCUCGGCUACUGGAACUAAUGGUGGUUUCACCAUGAGCACUGGAAAACAUUCAAAGUUCAAGUUUGAAGGUUUUAUAUAAGAUUCAUUGCGACUAGAUGUCGCAGGCAAUGUCGGACCAAAAUCCAAAAGCUCCGUCGGCCACAUCUCCCCCUCCAUGUCUCAUCUCCGCCCUCCCACAUCUCCAACCUCCCUCUGUGUUCUCAGCAAGUUGGUCUUAAACGUACAACCAAAAGCACAACCAAUAAAGAGCCGGAAAAAAAACUAUUAAGCUGGCUACCAUGCAGACUGGUGAAAUGGAUAAUUGCUACUCGCCAUACACACGUGUGUGUAACCCUUAAAGCAGUUGUUUGAUAGUUAAAUCCUCAAACAACUGCUUUAAGCGAUUUUAAUGCAAUACACUUUUUGUAAAAUUCAGCAAAUAUUUAGUCACGGUCCGCUAGCUGUUGGUGUGUGCGCUGAAAAAUAAAUCAGAUUUUUCUACACAGCACCUGGCUUUGUGAAUUAAAUUUGAAUAAAAAUGGUGCAGGCCACACCUCAAAACACUUUGUGUAGUUUGUAAACAUCACUCCCGACACCUUAAGAGACGCCCUAGCACUACGACACUGCGACUCAGGAGUUUUGGCCUCGUGUUUAGCACGUCCGUCUCCCAUCCCAUAAUCUAUGUCCAAAAUCGCUUACUGCCCCUUUAAAAACAGUGUGAACAGAGGAUUGAAAGGAAAAUCGGGAGCCACAGUGAGAUCUGUGCCAAAUUCCCAAAUGUGGAUUGUCAUAUAAUAUUUAAUGUUUAAUCUUUCUCACUUCUGAGCUGUAAUCUUGAUAUCUGAUGCAGAUACAAAACGGAUGAAGAACACAUUGAAAAAUGUCACUUAUGUUUGUUCCACCGGAUGUCAGGGGGUCGGGGUCACAUUCAAACCAACGGGCAACGUGGGAAGCUCGGGUUUUACGGUCAGCACCUCAAACCCAGAGGGACCAGGAGGGGCCACUGGUCUUGGGAGGGUGGGUUCAUGUAUCACCUAAUUAAAUCUCUUAUUUCAACCUGCCCAUUACACAGCUACAGACGACUCCCCUGUGCUUUCACGCACCUUGCUGUGUUGCAUUAUAAGAUCUAAUCAUAAUGCAAGGCAAGAAAUAUGAUAGGAGCACUUACUAACAACCAGGUGUGGACGUUGGCGGCAGGAAGACAACUUUUAUCAAAUGUUAUUUAAUCGGAUAACGCGCGUGUGAACUAACUCAACGAUCACAGCGGGUGAGAACGGAGCAAUUCAAUUCGGUGGAGAAAACAAGGCAGGGAGAAGCGUUGCCAAAGUUUACUAACUGUUCAGUUCAUUGUGUGUUUGUGUUGGUUCAAGCUGCAACACGGUCGAGUGACUUUAUUAUUAUAUUAUUUUAUAGACAUAUUUGUACAGUUUUGUCAGCGUGCAAAUGAGGGCGGGAUGGCUGCGUGUGUGUGGGGCUGGGAACAGAAGAUUGCAUUUAUUAAUUUGCUCUUUUAUUCAGUAGAUGCCCCUUUGCCUUUUUUUUUUUACACUCACUGUUCUAGAAUAUACAGCUUGAUUUAAGCAGCGUCUUUUGUGACAUUGAUUUCUCUUUCAUGAGGAACUUGCCAGGUUGUUUUUUUUGCCUAAGAUAUGACAUUGAUUUCUAUUCUCAGUUUCAUAGGACACUAAGUUAUCAAAUUAAUAAUCAGGGUAUGCUGCACCCUGCAUUUAGCACUUACUUUCUUUUAAUUUCAUGUUCUGAGAGUCACAACUGUGCAGUACUUCAAACAGGUUUAUAAUAUGUACAUAGCAGCUCAAGUGACGAAACUAACUUUCUUUUUCUUAAGUUAUCCAUGUUAAUUUUAAAACAGAAAUUUAAUGAAUGUGUUUAAUAUUUUGAAAUAUGCAAAUAUAUAAAUAUGGCCUCUGGAGUUGUUUUGUAAUGCUUUUUUGCUUUUUUCUAAUGAAAAUAUGAUCAUAUCUAUUUGUGUUUUUGUGGCUGUAAUGGCAGGUCAACUUUUUUAGAUGAUGCUUUUGUUUAAUGCUUGUAUUUAUCGAAAAAAAGUUUGUUACACAACAUUUUGCAAUUAUAAAUAAUUUGCAGUA